AUGUGGGGUCAAGCAUUCAUUUGUGGUUCGCUCGGGGGCAUGUUGUUUUGUGGCAAAACGGGUUUCGCUGCUGCACAUCAUCAUGCGCCUGCCACUGGCCAUUUCAUUUAUUAUUGUUUUACUCAUAUUGCCAUCGAUCAUGAAGGAUUUGUUGGCUCUGUUUACAGAACACGUAGUGGCAUGGACGAAAAAACAACAGCAUGUGGAGCUCUCGCUGCAUUUGCUGCCGAACUUGCUUCGAAUAAGUUGAAUCUUAGCUUCGAUGAAGACGAUAUUGAAAUGAGUAUGUUAAAGAAGCAUAUCAUUAAGAAGGCUGGUCUCUCGACUAAUGCUACGAAUGCCCCGAAUUUAUUCAAGGUGACUAUGGCUGCUUAUGAAACAAUUACAAUUGAUUUAGAAAGACACGUACGACACGAUGCGGAAAAGUUUAAAGAUCGUAAAUAUGCCUUGUUUACUGGCGUUCAAAUACAUGGACCAGAUGGGUCCGAUUAUUGUUGGGUGGGAAAAGCAAGUUUAUUAAUUAAAGGAGUAUUAUCACCACUAGUUUUUUCAAAGAAUACUGGUGUGCUGUCACCGACUGGACCACAAGCCAUGCCACACUGA